UAAAUAUACCCUAUACCCAAAGACUCCCCCCUUACCCUCCCUCCCGAUUCCUAUCAUGAGUGAUAAGAAGAAUGGAGAUGAUUAAUAUGUACUUUCAAAUUUCCGGCGAUGUCUCUAGUCCAGUUUACCGGUUCAAUUAAUCUUUAAGGAGUUGAAUCAUGGGUGUAAAAGGCUUAUGGACGAUAUUGGCUCCCACCGCUCAGAAAAAAGCACUAUGGGAACUGAAAGAUCAAACGGUAGCAAUCGAUUUGAGCGGAUGGAUAUGCGAAAACCAGUUAAUAGACAACUUCAACGCCAAUCUCUACCUAAGGAAUUUAUUUUUUCGCACCUCGUACAUGUUAUUGGUUGGAAUCAAACCUAUAUUCAUACUGGAAGGUAAAGCACCCACUUUGAAGCACAGCACGAUUGAGCGAAGAAGAAUUCUCAGUGGAUCCUCUACCGUUUCGGAUGAAAACUCUAAGAAAAAUCGAGGCAAUAGGUCGCGUUUAAAUUCCAUGCAAAAGCAGUGUGAAGAUUUACUGAAAUCCAUCGGUGUGUCUUGUUACUAUAGCGAAGGAGAAGCAGAAGCUUUAUGUGCUUUGUUAAAUAAAGAAAAUAUCGUAGAUGCUGUAAUAAGUCAAGACAGCGAUUGUUUUCUUUACGGAGCCAAAACUGUUUAUAGAAAUUUUACCAUCGGAUCAUGCGGUGGCAGUGUAGAAGUGUAUACUCUAUCGUCGAUCGAAAAGAAAUUAUCCCUCGGUCGUAAUAAGUUGAUUGCUCUAUCACUGUUGUGCGGAUGCGAUUACAACGAUAGUGGAAUUUUGGGAAUUGGUAAAGAAUCUGCGUUGAAAUACCUCUCCAUGUGUACAGAUUCUGAGGUUUUAACACGCCUUUCUUCUUGGCGUUCGAGUUACUCGUCUGUGGUUCAAAGCAAUUCAAAUGUAACGUCACUAUCGAAAUUAGAAUGGAAUUUGGUACGAAAAGCGUUGCAGAAUCCAGAGUUUCCCUUUUUGGAAGUACAGAAAGAAUUUUUAGAAAAUCAAAGUACCAUUAAAGGCGACGUCAUUUUCGAAUGGAAGCAACCAAAUAUUAAACAUUUUGUGAUGCUGACUGAAAGAUUACUAGGCUGGAAUACGAACUAUUCGUUGGAAAAAUGUGUACCACUUCUGAGUCGAUGGCAUCUUCUCUACGAUAAUUCUUCGAAAGAAAACAUCGCCGGUUCUAUACAACUAGAACGUGUUGUCAAAAAACGAACUUUACGUAAUGUACCAUCUUACGAAGUCAAAUGGAAGGAUUUUGAAACUACGACGAUAGAACCAUACUGUAUUUUUAGAGUUAAAUACGAAAACGCAGUGCAAGAUUACGAAAGCACGAAGAAGAAAACUAAUAAAAGCAAGAAAACCAAGAAAAAAGAACCGGAGAACUUUAUGUUCGAAUGUGACCAACAAGUCGAAAUAGACGAUGUGAUCAACAACCUCAGUCACUUGGACAUUCAAGCAACUGCUGAUGAUAGUUUGACCGUAUCGGAUUUCGAAUGCAGUGCCAGAGACCUUUUGGAAUUAUCUUCGAUCGUCGAAUCAAUUGCUAGCGGUUCUCGCUGAAUGUGAAACAUAAUUCGUACGAAUGUAAAUUCGAUGUUGGAAUUAUAAAAAAGAAAUACUUCUGAUUAUCUAAAAAAAAAUGUGAAAUUAAUUUUAUAUUCGAAUAAAAAAAAUAUAAAUGUU